AUGCCCUUGAUUCAGUCACUCACCGGCUCCGGCUCAUCAUCGCCGCCGACCGCCACAACCACGACGACAACGAGGCUCGCCGCCUGCAGCGCCGAUCCGUCACCGCCGCGCAUUUUGUUUCUGGACGCGUAUGACUCCUUUACUAACAACAUUGUCUCACUGCUCAAGGAUGCGCUCGGCGCCGCCGUGCAGGUGCACGUCAUCCACAUGGACCUGCGCACGCUGCACUCGGAUCCCACGCCCGACUGGACGCCCGAGCAGUUUGACGCCCGCCUCGCGUCGUUUGACGCCGUUGUUUGCGGGCCGGGCCCGGGCUCGCCGCUAUGUGCCGACGACGUGGGCGCCUUUCGCCGUCUGUGGGAUCUGCCGCGCCGCCGCGCCGUGCCCGUCUUUGGCAUCUGUCUCGGCUUUCAGAGCCUGGUUGCGCACUUUGGCGGGGGCGUGCGCAAGCUGCGACGCGGCCUGCACGGCAUGGUGCGGCCCAUUGAGCACAAGGGACUGCAGACAGCGGCCGAGCCGGCGGCAGCAGCAGCAGCAGCAGCAGCAGCAGGAUACGCCGACAUUUUCCACAACGUCCCCGCCUUCAAGGGCACGCUGUAUCAUAGCCUGUGCGCGGAUAUAGGCCAGGAUGAUGUCUCGGAUGCGGACUGGCCAGCGACGAAAUGGCAGCCGCCAUCCAGGGCACGAGAUUUGGUUCCUCUGGCGUGGGUAACGGAGCCGGAGAACGACAAUGAACGCGUUUUGAUGGGCGUGCGCCACGCUAGCUUGCCAUUUUGGGGCGUGCAGUGCCAUCCUGAAUCCAUUUGCACAGAUUCAUCCGCCGUGCAUGGCAUUCUGCGCAACUGGUUCGACCAGGCGACAAAGUGGAACGAGGUCAAUGGCCGCAAGCGACAAGCGUGGACUUUGCCGCUUGUACACUCUGCCAGCCUCGAAUCGACUUCAGCAGGCGCUACUUCCACUGCACAUGGGCCCUCGGAGAGGGAGCUGGCCGCGGCUCGGUGGUCGAAUGCCCUGCGCUCCGGCCUCGCCGGUCAAGGCACGCAACCUGGCUACAUCUGCCGAAAGCUCAAGCUCCCCGAUGGCGUCGACGCCGCCGAUGUAGCAGAGAUACUUGACAACGGAUCCAGCGAGACUAUUCUACUAGAUUCUUCCAGCGCCAAGAAUGGCGAUCCGCUGGCGCGAAAUAGCAUCAUUGCGCUAGAUGUGGGUGAAGCUACUCGUCUGGAAUAUCAUGUCCGUGAUGAAUAUGCUACUUUUCGGCGUCCUGCUUCUAAAGCUAACGGCGGCCGCCCCGAGGAGGUGCAAGAAAUCUCGCUUGACGGCACCGAAGACGAUCCCAUGGCCGUCUACCAGAUCAUGUCCGAAUACUGGAAGGCUCGCAAGCUCGACGAUACCCGGACCGAUGGCUUUCCGGCUUUCAAGGGCGGAUUCAUGGGCUUUGUCACGUACGAGAUGGGUCUUAGUACUCUUAGCCCUGGCGCCGUUUCCGCACACCGCGGCCACCACCGUCCAGAUCUUGUCAUGGCUUGGGUUUCCAACAGCGUCGUUCUCGACCACAAGUCUAACACAGCCUAUGUACAAUGUCUGACGACGGCGGAUAACGACGGAAGCUGGGUCGAAGAAGCCGUGGAGAAGCUGCAGAAUGCAGGGGUAUGGCGCGACCCUAAUUCUCGGCGCGCCGUUAGCUGUCCAAAGGCGACCUUUACGCCCGAGGAGUUGUGGGACGAUGUAGCGAAGCGUGGGAGCAGUCGUCUGGGCAUCAAGGUGCCCGACUGGAAAAAAUACGAGGACGACGUCCGACACUGCCAAUACGCUAUAAAAGAGGGCCAUUCUUAUGAGCUCUGCCUGACAGGACAAACAACCAUGACAAGGCCGCCUGUCGAGCCCGAGGACAAAGAGCACUCGCCAUGGGAAAUGUACCGAACGCUCCGCAGCAGACAGCCCGCUCCGUUUGGGUCGUUUAUCCGUCUCGGCGGUGCAACCAUUGUCAGCUGCUCCCCGGAAAGGUUUCUGUCGACCGACCGCGACGGCCUCUGCCGCAUGCGUCCAAUGAAGGGCACGGUGCGCAAGUCGGCCGCCGUGUCGACGCUCGCCGCGGCCGAGAAGAUUCUGCACAUUCCCAAAGAAGAGGCCGAGAAUCUCAUGAUUGUCGACCUCGUGCGCCACGACCUGUACGGCGUCUGCGGUCCGCAAAACGUAACGGUGCCGGACCUGCUCAAGGUGGAAGAGUACGCCACCGUCUUUCAGAUGGUCACGGCCGUGCAUGGGCAGCUGCCGACGACGCAGCAGCAGCCGAAAAGCGGCGGCGGUCUCAACGGCAUCGACGUGCUCGCGGCGACGCUGCCGCCGGGCAGCAUGACGGGCGCGCCGAAGAAGCGCAGCUGCGAGCUGCUCCGCGUCAUUGAGCCCGGCGAGCGCAGCAUCUACUCGGGCGUUGUCGGCUACUUUGACGCGCAGGGCCAGGGCGACUGGAGCGUGACGAUUCGCACCAUGUUUCGCUGGGACGAUGAGAGGGCGGACGGAGAGGAGGGUGGAGAGCGCGAGGUCUGGCGCAUCGGCGCGGGCGGCGCGGUGACGAUCCUGAGCACGCCCGAGGGCGAGAGGGAGGAAAUGUUUACAAAGCUGUUUGGACCCCUCGGCACAUUUAGAGAUGCGGCAUAA